AUGACAGAUUCUCUAGAUGAUGCCAAGCGAGCAUCAUACGCUGCAACAAUGACCGCCAAUCACCCAGGUCAACCAACUUUGGUCUCUCCACUAACGCCGAUGAUCGCACCUUUACGAUUUGGCACUGUUGCUCAGGUUCCAGGUACUCUAUCGAUCGGAACAUCAAACGUCGCAUCUUCAUCACAGCAAAAUGCUCACUCUGCUUCGUAUCAAUCGGUCUACAAAGGUUCAUUUCCACGACAAAGACAUUUACCUUUCCUUUCACGUUUGAAUCUCAAAACGAUUUUAUCCCUAACGCCAAAACCAAUUUCUGCUGUGGAUGAAGAUUUAAUGAAAUGGUGUGAAGAACGAAAGAUUACUAUCCAUCAUAUCAGAUGCGAUAAACCAAAAGAUGAUGGCGGAGGCAUAAGCAAGGAGAAUGCAACCAAAGCAUUAUUGACAUUAUUGGACAAGCGAAAUUUACCACUCUAUAUUCAUUGCUUGGAUGGUCAAAGUGUUAGUACAUUACUCGUUGCCGUUCUUCGCAAAGUACAAGCAUGGUCAAUGAAAGCCAUUCGAGAUGAAAUGAUUCGUACGCUGGGGCAUGAUGAAGAAAUCAUCAGCUAUCAAACGUCCUUUGUGGAAAAGAUUGGUAAACCAGAUGGCAUUCGUUUACCGCCUAGACGUUUCCUUCCCGACUGGACAUGGCAGAGUCCAAGCCCUUUACACAGAUUGCGGAAUCCGUACGAUGUCAUCGUAUCACGAGAGAAAUCUACCGAUAAGCUGAAUCUACAAGACGGCUUUGUCAAGAAAGACAGUCUCACAAAUGGUUCACAUAAAAGGCAGGCAAGUACGGAUGGCGCAUCCUCCGUUGCAUCUUCCAACGCAGGAUCCUUUACUCAACAAUAUGGCGUAGGCAGACUGCCUGUUCAACAUCCUACAUUAAAGCUAACAUUUGAUGCUGAUCCCGAUCUUCCACCGCCGCCGUCAUCAACAGUCACUCCGGUUUUCGGACACAGCAGAGAUAGCAGCACGCUCUUAUCCCCUUCACCUUCAAGGCCUGCAAGUAGAGCCGGACGAUCACACAAUCAUCAUCACAUACAUGCUCAUCCUUUACAUUCUGGACACAAUCAAGCAGAUGGGCCAUCUCGUGGCAACUCUCGGCCAGGUUCACCUAGAAGGCGUGUACUGACUUCAGAGAUGCUGAAUUCGGCAACGUCAGGUUUGCCUUCUGACAAUUCGCGGGCUGUGCAAGACGUACGCUCUGAAGCGGGAAGAGCAUCACCUGAUCGACAGAUGCCGAUCCAUCUCGAUUCAACAUCUGCCAGCACUGCAGAAUCAAGUGCAACAUCUUCUCCUAGAUCUCAAACGGAUAUCACCUUGACACCGGGUAAAUCAAAUAUUUCUUCCACCUUUGAUGCUCGAUCACAUGGAUUAUCUGCCGAUUAUCUGCAUCAGCCUCAGCACCAUUCUCAUCUAAAUGAUGUCUUCUCUUCUGAAACAAAUACUUCACUAUCCGACCAAACACCUACAAAGAAUUAUCCUGGAUCACAAAGCGUAACACCCAGAGCGUCAGUUUCGCAUAUUGCGCCUGUACGACCGCAAAAUAUUCGAGGUCCCUUUACCGGGUUGGGAUUGCAACCUGAAGAAGCUUUUGGUCACCAUCAACCGAUCCCCAAGAUCAACGAAAGUGUUGUACACCCUCGUCCUCCUUCGAGCAGUCCUUCGGGACAUCCUGCUUUCCAUCGAAGUGUAAGUGAGCAAUACAGUGGAAGUCCAAGGCUAGGCAUGCAGAAUUUGCAGAGUGAAGGAUCUGAACUUUCUUCAGAGAAAGUUCAGGAGUAUUACUCUGAUCCAGAAAGCGUUGGCAGGCAUAGCGAUGCGGAAGGAGAAGCCAACAAGAACCGGAAGUACAGUCAUAGUAGACGGACGUCGGAUCAAUCUGGAGAUGGAAGAUACUCUGACCAAGAGACGAGAGAAAGUGUGAUAGAAGAUGAAGAGCACGACGAAGAAGAAGAGGAUGAAGAAGAGGAAGAGGAAGAAGAAAUCGACGAAGAAGAAGAUAGCGAUGAUAAUGCAGACGAGGACGACAAUCUUGCUAUAGAAGCACUAGAUCUGGAAGGGUAUUGA